GAGAAGUGGAGCAGCUGUCAGAGGUGGCCGGGAUCGAGUUGCCCAUCAUGACGUUCUUGAACGAGUUGAAGAACCUAUCGGCUGUAGGCAGACCGUUGAAAGUGGUGGAGAUUGUUUGCUUUACCUGUCCUGUAGGAGGCAACGAACUCUUUGGAACUAAAUUCUGUGCGUCAAUGCUAUCAGGACAUGAUGAAAAUUAUGUCGCGACCCUUCUCCUUGGAGUAGGGUACCUUGAAGGCAGUAGCCAGUAGACUUUCGCUUCAAUCUCUGAUCAUUACGGGAGCUCCAGGGAUAGGGAAGUCUGUUUCGCGUGAAUGGGGCAACUUUCCGAGACAUGUUUAAUCCCACCUACCAUUAGCCUAAUGGAGCAAGCGCGACAGUUCGAUAUUCUGUCUAAGCUUUACUCGUACAUUCAAAUAGCAGUCAGUGACGAUGUGGGGAUGUCUUCGAGGUUGAUCCAUCUGGACCCCGAUGAUUCAUAUCAGACGUUCAGGGCUCAGGUGUGCUCAAGAAAGGCAAGUGAGCUGAUCUAUGAGCAGCAGAUGCGAUCAGAUUGAGAUAAUGUGAUAUAUGCGAUCAGAUCGAGAUAAUGUGAUAUAUGCGAUCAGAUCGAGAUAAAUAAAUGUGAUAUGUCUUG